CCUAUGCAUUAUAUUUGAGUUCAAACAAAUCAAAGCCAUGGCCACCUCCAACUUCUCUAUUGUUCUCUCCGUCUCCCUAGCCUUCUUUUUGGUGCUACUUACCAAGGCACACUCGACCGAUACCGUUUCUUUCACCUUCAACAAGUUCAACCCAGUCCAACCAAACAUUAUGCUCCAAAAAGAUGCUAGUAUUUCAUCCUCUGGGGUGUUACAACUCACCAAAGUUGGCAGCAACGGCGUGCCCACCUCGGGAUCUCUCGGUCGUGCCCUUUACGCUGCCCCAAUCCAGAUUUGGGACAGCGAAACCGGCAAGGUAGCCAGCUGGGCUACAUCCUUUAAAUUCAACAUUUUCGCACCCAACAAAUCAAACUCAGCUGACGGGCUUGCCUUCUUCUUGGCACCCGUCGGGUCUCAGCCCCAAUCCGACGAUGGAUUUCUUGGUCUUUUCAACAGUCCCUUAAAGGACAAGUCUCUCCAAACCGUGGCGAUUGAGUUCGAUACUUUCUCGAACAAAAAAUGGGAUCCUGCAAACCGACACAUCGGCAUUGACGUGAACUCGAUCAAGUCCGUCAAAACGGCAUCGUGGGGGUUGUCCAAUGGACAAGUGGCGGAGAUUCUCGUUACCUAUAAUGCCGCCACGAGCCUCUUGGUUGCUUCUCUGAUCCACCCUUCAAAGAAAACAAGUUACAUCCUCUCUGACACAGUGAACUUGAAGAGUAAUCUUCCCGAAUGGGUGAGCGUUGGGUUCUCUGCCACCACCGGGUUGCAUGAAGGCUCCGUUGAAACCCAUGAUGUGAUUUCUUGGUCUUUUGCUUCCAAGUUGUCAGAUGGUAGCAGCAAUGAUGCUUUGGAUCUUCCAAGCUUUGUGCUCAAUGAGGCCAUCUAACUUCAAACAUCGUAGUUAAAUGUGACAAAAGAAAAAUGUAAUAACGCCCUAGCUUGCUAGAGGCUGGUGCUACUAAUAAUGUUUGUCACAAAAAUUAUAUAAUAAUAGGUGUUUUACUCCGUCUAGACA